AUGCAUCAUACUGAAAAUGGCGUUGGAGAUAAAGAAGAGGGUGGCAGCUAUGAGCCCAUCGCCAUCAUUGGAAUGGCCUGCCGCUUCUCGGGGAACGUAAAGAGCCCCACGGACCUAUGGCACCUUCUUUCAAGGGGCCGUACAGGAUGGACAAAUAAUGCCGGGGACCGAUUUAAAAUGAAUGCAUUUUGGCAUCCCCAGGCAGAAACCAGUGGUUCAGGUAUCCACCUUAUUCAACAGGACCCUGGGCACUUCGAUAACGAUUUCUUUGGUAUCAACGGAUUAGAAGCCAUGGCAAUGGACCCCCAGCACCGACUACUGCUCGAGGUCGCAUACGAAACCUUUGAGAAUGCGGGACUUACCCUCGAACAGCUGGAAGGGUCUAACACUGGUGUAUACUGUGCACCAGGCCCACAUGACUAUGAUAUUAUGUUGGGAAGAGACCCAGAAGCUUCUCCAAGAUAUCGGUUUACUGGAACCGGCCCUUCCUUCAUCGCCAACAGGAUCUCAUAUGUAUUUGAUUUGAAAGGACCAAGCAUGGCAAUAGACACAGCUUGUGCCAGCUCUCAUUAUGCAAUCCAUAACGCCUGCCGAGCACUCCGAGAUGGCGAUGUCGAUCAAGCCUUGGUUGGCGGAGCAAAUAUGAUACUGGACCCAGACAAGAUCAGCGCAAUAUCGUCAAUGAAAGUUACCUCUGACCAUGGGAGAUGUUAUAUAUUUGAUGAGAAAGCAACAGGAUAUGGCAGAGGAGAAGGCGUGGCUGCAAUAAUGCUGAAACCUUUGAAGGCUGCCCAGCGAGAUGGUGACCUGGUUCAUGCUGUGAUCCGCGGUAGUUCUGUUAGUGCAGACGGAAAGACACCAGGAAUAACAUCACCCUCUCUUGAUGCCUACCUGAAAAAUAUCCGAGGUGCUUACGGACAAGCUGGAUUGGAUCCAAAGGAUACACUCUUUGUUGAAGCUCAUGGAUCUGGAACUGGAGUUGGAGAUAAAGUGGAGGCGGCUGCCUUAACUACUAUGUUUUGCGAUGGUAAAGGUGGUAAAACGCAGCUCAUAAUGAGCAGCGUGAAGGCAAAUAUCGGGCAUACUGAAGUUGUUUCUGGCCUUGCUGGUGUGAUAAAGAGUGUUCUAAUGUUGCAAAGAGGGCUGAUUCCUCCGACCCCGACCUUUGACCAGCCUAGGGAAGAACUGAAAUUGAAGGAGUCUGGAAUAUUGGUCCCGACUGAGUUACUGUCAUGGCCAGCAGACAUCCCACGCCGAGCAUCGGUCAACAGCAAUGGGUAUGGAGGGACGCCGGCGCAUUUGAUCGUCGAAGUUGAUUCAAACUGCCAUUCCAUAUUGCCCUCGCCUCAUCCCAAUGGAAUGUCUAAUAAGGUAAUGAUAAGCCAUCCUCACGUUUUUGUCUUGAGCCACAAGCGUGACGGGGGAUUAGCACAGGCUGCUAGGAUAUUGAGGCGUUUUAUAUCUGCGUUGGAUCCAACCGAAAAGGAGUCGAUUAUUGGUCGACUUGCUUUCACUCUUGGGGUCAAACGGACAAACUACCAGUACCGAGUGAGCAUCGUUGCGUCGAAUAUUAGUGAACUCCGUGGCCGCUUAGAUGACAUUAGUGUCGGAAUCGAGCGUCCAGUGAAGGCUACCACUCGACCAAAAGUUUGUUUUGCUUUUACGGGUCAGGGAGCGCAAUGGGCCGGCAUGGGGCAGGAGUUAAUUUCCAGGUACCCGGUUUUUGCGCGUUCAAUUCAAGCAUGCGAAGCGGAGAUUAAUGGCAUGGGGGCGUCUUGGUCCCUUACCGAGGAGAUUAGAAAGGAUAAGGGUAUAUCAAGAAUGCACGAGGCCAUGUUCUCUCAGCCCUGCUGCACAGCAAUUCAGAUUGCUUUGGUCGACCUUCUUAACCACUGGGGGGUGCGUCCAGACUUUGUCUGUGGCCAUUCGAGUGGAGAAAUGGCUGCAGCGUACGCUGCGGGAUUCCUCACAGCGCGUGAUGCAAUAAAGAUUGCGUACUUCCGUGGAAAGGCUACGAUGUCUCCCAGGGCAAGAAUAUCGGCCGGCAGAAUGUUGGCCGUGGGCCUUUCGGAACUAGGCGCCCAGAAGUAUUUAUCUUCCUAUACAGGGCAGAUUGUCAUUGCUUGUGUUAAUAGCCCGUCAAGCGUUACAUUGUCGGGAGAUGCAGCACCAUUGGAAACGCUUCAGGGAGACCUGGAUAAAGAUGACGUCUUCAAUCGCUUCCUGAAUGUAGACGUUGCCUAUCACUCCCACCAUAUGGUGCCGAUUGGCGAGGGUUACCAAAUGGAUAUUCAAGAUAUCAAUCCCAGGCCAGCUAACGAUGGUUUGAUGAUGAUAUCUUCUGUCACAGGGAAAAGGGUCUUAGGAAACAAUCUCGGGGCUGAAUACUGGAGGCAAAACCUGGUAUCUCCUGUUCGAUUCUCUGAUGCACUCAAAGAAAUGCUUGAGCAGCAACCCGAAAACGCAAGAAGUCCGACUUUGGUAAUUGAAGUCGGUCCACAUCCAGCGCUCCAUAGGCCGAUACUGAACAUUGUCGAUUCGUCUGUCGCGUUACAUUCGGUAAGCUACCUCCCAACGUUGUCAAGAAACACAGACGGUGUUGUAGAAGUUAUGAAAUUAGCGGGAAAACUGUUCUCGAAUGGAGUUUGCAUCAAAUUCGAUGCUGUCAACGACCCAGAUGCCACUGGUUCAAAGCAACCGUUACCAGAUCUGCCCCCAUACCAAUGGCAUCAUGAAGUACGACACUGGGCUGUUUCUCGCAGGAGCGAAUCCUAUCAACGCCGUAGAUUCCCACGACAUGACCUCCUAGGUGUUUUAGCCGCGGACAGCAUUGACAUUGAACCAUCAUGGCGCAACUACCUAAGGCACUCUGAGCUACCUUGGCUUAAGGGCCAUCGGGUUCAAGGACAAAUUGUGUACCCAGCAUCCGGUUACAUAUGCAUGGUCAUCGAAGGGCUGAGGCAGCAAGCUCAGGCGACGAACCAGCCAUUCCGGAAUACACGUAUUCACUUUAGACAAAUUAGUGUUCAGUCGCCAAUUGAAAUUCCCGAAAGCUCCCCAGGAAUAGAGACGUUGGUUCAAAUUCGACCAUGUCUAUACUCUGCAAAAGGAAGCUCAGUCAUUUGGAAGGAAUUUCGAGUGUUUUCCUUUUCAGGCAGUGAAUCAACAGAACAUUGCAGAGGACUCGUGGCAAUGUUUCCUCAUGAGUCAACGCAAAUCGAAGAUUUUCCGCGUCCUACAAUGGCCGGCAGAUACCCGAAUACAAUAACUGGCCUAGAAGCGCUGGCCUGGUCGACUUUGGAGAUAGGCAAUUUCUACAAACGACUAGGUCGCGUAGGCCUUGCAUAUUCGGGACCAUUCGCCUCCAUGAAGAGCGCCAUUGCACGGCAUCUUGAAGCGCAAUGUACAGUUGAGAUCCCAGAUACGAGCUCGAGUAUGCCUUCUUUACAUCAGAAGCCCCACGUAAUCCACCCGUCUACGCUUGAUUCAUGCUUCCAGACUGCUUUUCCUGCUUUGCACAAAGCCAAUAAGCUCAGGACAACAUAUGUUGUCACUGCAAUUGAGGAUCUACAAUUGUCAUCCAACAUUGUCUCGGAACCAAACAAUGUGCUAUCCGUGGAGACAAAAGUCAGUGAGCAUGGUACGUCCCAUGCUGGUGCUGACAUCGUUGUUGAGAAUCCUACCAGUCAGGGAGGCGGAAUUGUCCUCCAGGCAAAGGGAGUCACCUACACUUCUUUAGCCUACCAGGACACGGAGACCGCGACAACACAGGGACCAUCACCAUUUCAUCAAGUUGUAUGGGGAUUAGACCCGUUUCUUUCUGACGCUGAAGCGAUUCUCAGCCACUGCCAGCGAGAAAUCUCAACUAUCGCCGGAAGUAGGAGGUACGAAUUCGACCAGUAUUGUCAAAAAAUCAUUCGUGACACAUUAGGCAAUCUAUCUGCAGAGGACGAAGGACGUGUGACAGGCGACUGUCUUCGGUUACUGAACUGGAUGCGUUGUAACAACACAGAGCCCUUGCACCAUUCGAACCAAAUAAGCGAAGGAAUCGUUGCAUCCAGCGUGCAAGGUGAAAUGCUCCGCCGACUUUAUACACACCUGCCUGGGAUUCUGCAAGGAGAUACCGAUGGGUUAUCAGUGCUAUUUCAGGACGAUCUAGUGGACAGGUUCUACCUUGAUGACAUCGCCCUAUCUCGGUGCCACUCACAGCUUGUAAAAUACAUCAGAUUGAUGAAAUUCAAACUGCCUGGCAUGCGUAUUUUGGAAAUUGGUGGUGGUACUGGUGGCACGACGCUACCACUGGCCGAGGCUCUCUUCGAUGGUGUUGGAACUCGGCAAGAUUCAAGGUACUUCUUCACAGAUAUAUCGACAAGCUAUUUUCAAAGAGCUCGUGCAAAACUCGGAAAGUUCAAGGGCUUGUUCGAAUAUAAGAGACUAGAUAUCGAGGUGCCUCCGGAGCAGCAGGGCUUUGAGCUUGGUUCAUUUGACUUAAUUGUGGCCUCUAACGUACUCCAUGCGACUCAGGAUAUGCGGAGAACCCUUCUUAACGUCCGAAGUCUUUUAAAGCCCCAUGGGAAAAUUGCCUUGGUAGAGAUUGUUGCCCCCUCGCUCCGGUUUGGUUUUUGGGGGUGUUUGCCAGGAUGGUUCCGUGGGGUUGAUGAUGAUCGUGAUCUUGCACCUCUUCUAAGUGCUGUAGGGUGGGAUAGGAUGCUCAAGAAUACCGGAUUCUCUGGAGCUCGCCUAGAGAUGAAAGACUAUGAAUCUGAGGCUGAGCACGAAUUCAGUCUGAUCAUAUCUGACGUUGUCCGCGAGGAAGACACUAAUUCAUAUGGAAAGGUGCAGGUCAUACUACCCGACAAUAACCAAGGAAUAUCUAGUUCAAUAUCCAGGAUCAUACAGUCAUGGCAAUCCCCAUGCAUUGUGACUUCGUCAAACCUAUCGGGGAUCCAUGAAUCAGGUGGCAUAUUCAUAUUUCUCUUGGAGCUAGAAAGCACGUUCUUGCUCAACCCUUCCCUAGAAGAAUGGACACAUUUACUAGGCAUCAUAAACCGUGCUGACGCAAUUAUCUGGGUAACAAGAGGCGCCAUGAUCGACUGUGCCGAACCGGGCCAGGGCUUGAUCUCCGGGUUAGCGCGUAGCCUGAGGUCCGAAGAUUACAAGAUGAAGUUUCUCAUCCUUGACCUUGAUCCCGAUAUAGCCUCUACCCACCAGAUGGCAAACAUGAUUUGGCACGUUUACGAGCACACAAUUGGUCAUAAGGCCCCAGAAGGCACUGCAAUGAUAGAGUGGGAGCUUGCGGUAAGAGGAAACGACAUAUUAGUCCCUCGUCUGGUCCGAGACCAGGAGGUCAUGGCAUAUGUGCAAAACACUGUUUCCACAUAUCAUCCGCAGCUUGAGGCAGAAGUGGAGCCAGAUCGCGCCAUAUGCCUUGAUAUCGGUUCCCCUGGCCUCCUAGAUACAUUAUACUGGAAAGAUGCCUGUGCUCACUCUUCAAGUCUCGGAGCUAAUCAAGUGCGUGUUGAGAUUCAAUAUGCAGCGUUGAAUUUCAAAGACCUCAUGCUUGCAAUGGGUCAAAUAAGCGGCGCCCCCUCAUUACUAUUCGAAGGUAGCGGCACAGUAAUCGAGCUUGGGGAUGAAGUCACGCAAUAUUCAGUAGGCGAUACUGUAUGCGUCUUUCACCCACCCGGUUUGGCGACCACAAGCAUCCUCGAUGUGGCUCGCGUGUAUCCAGUACCCAAAGGCAUGAGUGAGGAAUUGGCGGCUGCCAUACCUGUUGCAUACGCCACAGCACUGUACGGCUUACGAAAUGCCGCAAAUAUUCAACCUGGGGAAUCGGUUCUUAUCCACUCAGGGGCAGGUGCGGUUGGUCAGGCGGCAAUUUCGUUGGCAUAUUACUUGGGUGCCGGCGAUAUCUUCGUCACCGUUGGAAGCUUAGAAAAAAGUGAAUUCCUUCAGGAAAAGUAUUCGAUUCCAGAGACAAAUAUCUUCUCCUCUCGCGACAUGAGCUUUGGCAGAGCAAUUCUAAAACGGACGAAUGGAAAAGGAGUCGAUGUUGUGUUGAACUCUCUUUCAGGGGAUACCAUUCGCGAGAGCUGCAGUGUCCUAGCUCCGUUUGGGCGAUUUGUUGAGAUUGGCAAGAAGGAUAUUCAGGCCAACGGAAGACUUGAAAUGCAAUACUUUGAGAAAAAUAUUACGUUUUCAGUAGUCGACCUGGCAUUCCUCGUGGAACAGCGGCCAAAUAUCGUUCAAGAGCUUGUUCGUACCUGCUUAGAGCUAGUCCAUCAAUUUGAAGUGGAGGGCUUGACACCAAUUACAACCAAGCCAGUUGCAGGGGUAGGGGAACAUUUUCGGGCCAUGCAGGCAGGUAAGCACAAAGGCAAGCUCUUAUUGAAGAUGUUGCCUGCACGCAUGAUGAUGGUUCAACCAUCUCGACCCAAACAAGCAAGUUUAAGGGCAGAUUGCUCCUAUUUGAUUGCAGGAGGCACAGGUAGCAUCGGUAUGGCUAUUAUACGGUUCCUUGCAGCGCUAGGUGCUCGGCAUGUUGUGACUGUAUCUCGUUCAGGCGCCGAUGCAAAACAUGUUGCCGACUUUGUGGAAGAAAUGUGGAAUAUGGGGGUCGAAGUAACUGCCAUUAAGGGCAAUGUCAAUAGUUCGGAGACUAUGCGAAAAAUCGAAGCUUUGACGGGGGACCGUCCCGUGAGAGGAAUUAUUCAAGCAGCAACCGCUUCUAAAGACUCAACCGUCAGCCAAAUGUCACACGAGCAAUGGAUUCAAGACACUGAGGCUAAGGUCUCAGGAACUAUAAAGAUGUACGACGUUUUUGGACCCUCGCUUGACUUUUUUAUUCUUGUCAGUAGUGUCGCGGGUAUCAUUGGCACGCAGGGGGCCGGUGGAUAUUGUGCUGGAAACACAUUCCAGGACGCCUUUGCCCGUCACCAUGCAUCUCGAGGGCUCCCCGUAGGGGUUAUUAAUCUUGGAAUGAUUCCCGGCGAGGGUGUUGUUGCAGAAAAAGAUGACGGCAUUGUCAAAAAUAUUUCGAAGCAAGGCGUUAUGAGUAACACCAUACAGGAGCUCUUUUCCUUGCUCAACUACACGCUUCAAAAUCCGUUCAAAGGAAAAAUUCCAAGUAGAGCGCAAAUCGUCUGUGGUGUUCAGAGGUACAAUCCACAGUCGGACUCUGGUAACACCGCACAUCAUCGUCCAGAUGCCAGGUUCUCUCAUAUCUGGACCAACCCUGUUCAGGACGAGCUGAAGGAUACGGAGGGGCCCCAGCUACGUGUUCAGCAUGCUCUUCGGGCCGUUCCAAACGCCAAAACGGCAGUGCAGGUGACUCUCUCUGCGUUACAGAAUAAGAUGUCUGAGCUUCUUGCUAUUCCAAAGCCCGAAAUCCACGCCGAACGGUCUGUGACAAGCUAUGGAGUGGACUCCCUCAUUGCCGUUGAGCUCCGAAAUUGGAUUAUCACGCAGGUUGGUGCCCAUAUGCAGAUGAUGGAAUUAAUGGGCCAACUGCCAAUGGUGGAGUUGUCGGGAAUGAUUGCCUGUAGAUCCAGGUUUGUUCCACCGGGGGUAUUUGAGAUUGAAACAAAUAGAUCAGCAAAAGAAUAG